CCGAGCAUUUCAUUCACAGCUCAAUCGAGAAUCGUCCUUGGUUGUUCAGUCAUUACUGGACGGUCCUAACCGCGGAAACUAGGAAGGAAACGAAACGAAACAGAAUAAAAUAUGGUGAAGAUAUCAUUUCAACCAGUUUCGGUUCAGAAGCCAGAAAAGGAGAACGAUGGGGACAAAGAGGAAAUUCAAAUGCCUUACUCUCACGAUGAGUUGGUUCUCCCGGUAUGUUCCAAGAAGUCUCCCAUGUGUGGCUUUUGGUGUAUCGCACUUGGCUUGGUGAUCUUCAUGUCUGGACUGAUCAUGGCAUCUGUAUGCCUGUACCGAUACUACUACAGUGCCCAGAUCCCAGAGGACAGUUUGUUCCACUGUCGGGUGAUGUAUGAAGACCCCUUGUAUGCCCCAUUACUCGGACGACAGGAGAUGGAAGAGAAAGUUGGUAUCUACCUGGAUGAGAACUAUGAGCAGAUCAGUGUGCCUGUGCCUGACUUCGGAAGCAGUGAUCCAGCUGAUAUCAUUCACGACUUUCACAGGGGACUCACAGCUUACCACGACAUUGCGUUGGAUAAGUGCUACGUCAUUGAGCUCAACACGACUAUCGUCAUGCCGCCCAGGAACCUGUGGGAGCUGCUCGUCAAUGUCAAGCGGGGGACAUAUUUGCCCCAGACAUACAUGGUUCAAGAGGAGAUGGUGGUGGCAGGGCGAGUUAGGAACAUGCGUCAGCUGGGACCCUUCAUCCACAGACUCUGUUAUGGAAAACAAACCUACAGACUGCGACGCCGUAGCGCCCACAGACGCAUUGACAAGAGGGAGGCCAGGAAUUGUCAUAGCAUCCGGCACUUUGAGAACACAUUUGUCGUGGAGACGUUCAUUUGUGACCCAACCCUGCUUUAGUUUCACCCCGAUUCUUCCCAACACUACUGAGCAAACCCAAAAGUGGCCCACCCCUCCCCAUUGUCCAGCUUUAUAGCACUUUAUCAGCAUGAUAAAUCUGUACAAUGUUACAUAAUGCCAAUGGUGUAUUUGUUGUCAUUUUUCGUUCCAAUAUGUUCCCCAGUUUUUCAUGUUCCUUAAAUUGUUUGAUUUCUUUCUUAUUCCAAAAUCCAUCUUGUUUGUUGCUUGCAGUUUAUUUUUACACUCAGGUUAUUUAUGUAUUGUUCUAUUUAUUUUUUAUUUUUUUGGUUUUCACUGAGCAUUUGGGAAGUGACCUCCUCAAAUGACUCUGAGAUUUGUCUUUUGUCUAGCAUGCACUGACUUUCACUGUUAUGUAGUUUGUUACAUGUCUGUAAAAUCUCAGUAUAUGUAGACUGACGGUUAUUGCUGUGGUCCUUUUUUUUUUUUUUUUUAUGUCCAAACUUGUUUUAUUCCACCUGUGUUGGGUAAGAAAUCCAUAAUUAGAAAAUCGUCUUCAAUGCCAAAAAUGUAUACCUCAUAUUUUAGACAAGUGUGACUUUAAGCCUGUUGUUUAAGUCAUAGAGUGGUUUUUGAAUGUGAUAUAAGCAAUAUAAGUUUUCUUAUCUUGGAUUUCCUAACUUGACAUUCAUUUGUUUAUAGUAAUAUUGUUAUCUGAGCAGUUUAUCAUGUUCAGUUACUGUGUUUAAGUCUUGAAUACAUGUGAAUAAAGUUUUUUUUAGAAAAAAGUGAAAAACUAGACCCCAAAUGAAAUUGUUUGGUUAUCUCAAUGCAGUAUGCGCCUAUAAUGAUAAAUGUUGUGAUUUGGAAUGGGUUGUUUGCUUUUGAAAUAAUGAAGUCCUAAUGAAUUAUAAUGCUGAAAGAUUUAAACUUUGUUACCGAUGUGUGUGAAAUGUUCCUUGACGUUCCUAUUACUUUUUUAACUGUAAUUUCUGCCCUUAAAUAGUGGUAGAUCUUUAGAUCUCAUUUCAUAUUGCUUGCACUUUUUUUGAAUUGUUCCAUUAUAAUUACUUGUUCCUCUUCCACAUACUGGUGUAGCAAAUACUGGCUUUGUCUGGAGCAAUGAGGCGUUUAGGUCAUUGAAACAUUUAAUGCCGCUCUAGCUUUGUAAAUAACAUUUGCUUGUAAACUCCAUCAAUAAACUGCUGAAACCCU